AUGAACUGUAUCAAGCAUUGUCGGGCAGACUUCGCUCGGAGCGUCCAAACUCGGUCGCAGAGAGGCUAUCACAAUAUCUCGACAAAGCACACAGUUCCCCUCGUCAUCAACGGCAAAGAUAUCAAGUCUUCCAAGUCGUUCCCCGUCAUUAGUCCACUGACGGGGAAAGAAGUUUGGUCCAUGUCAUGUGCAACCAGAGAUCAGGUCAACGAUGCAGUUGAAAAGGCGCACGAUGCUUUUACGAAGUGGUCCAAGACCAAGGCUUCGGCUCGGCGCGAUAUCUUCCUUGCGGCUGCCGAUGUCAUGAAUAAACGACGAAAGGAGCUCGGGGAGUACAUGCACCACGAGAUUGGGGCUAAUCAAGACUACCAAGACUUUAUCCUGGGACUCUCUAUUGAUGGCCUCAAGGAUACAGCUGGUAGGGUUGCUGGGGCAGUUCAGGGAGCUGUUCCGGAUUCCAACCACGAGGGAAUGAGGGCUCUGGUCUACAAGAGGCCAUACGGAGUUAACCUGGGGAUUGCACCAUGGAACGCACCAUAUCAUCUGGGCCUUCGAUCCGUCACUUUCGCGCUGGCAACGGGAAACACAGCCAUUCUGAAGGGAGCAGAGUUCUCGCCCCGGUGUUACUGGGCCAUUGCAGACGUCUUCCGUGAGGCAGGCCUACCAGAUGGCUGUCUGAAUCUCAUUUUCCACUCCCCCGAGAACGCGUCGGACACCAUCAACAGCCUUAUAACUCACCCGCAUGUCAAGAAGAUAAACUUUACCGGAAGCACUAGAGUCGGCAGCAUCAUCGCUGAAACGGCGGGCAAGCACCUGAAGCCCGUGCUGAUGGAGCUCGGGGGGAAAGCUAGUGCCAUCGUGCUCGAGGACGCCGAUCUUGAGAAAGCCAGCUUGCAUUGCGCUCGAGGGGCAUUCAUGAAUGCCGGCCAAAUAUGCAUGUCCACUGAACGAAUCCUGGUGCAGGACUCCAUCGCACCCGAGUUCCAGAGAAUUCUCGGUCAGACAAUUCGAAAGCUUUUCGGCUCUGCGCAAGACACACCAGUCCUUGUCACGGCAGGAUCUGCCCAGCGCAACCGUGACUUGGUUGCGGAUGCCGUCUCUAAGGGUGCUAAGUCAGUACCUCUAUUCGACGAUAGCCAUACAGAUCAGGUUGAGACACGGAUGAGACCUGUCCUUCUGAACAACGUCAAACCCAACAUGCAGCUCUAUUCAGGCGAAUCAUUCGGGCCCAGCGUUUCUCUCUUCACUUUCAAGUCCCUCGAAGACGCUGUGACCCUGGCAAACGACACAGAAUAUGGCUUAUCUGCGGCUGUCUUCACAAACGAUCUGAGCAAGGGCUUCCGGAUCGCCGACGAGCUUGAAUCAGGAGCGGUGCACAUUAACUCCAUGACCGUACAUGACGAGCAUCCAUUGCCGCAUGGUGGUGUCAAGAAGAGCGGCUUUGGACGUUUCAAUGGCUACCAAGGGCUAGGCGAGUUCUUGUAUUACAAGACGGUAACUUGGAUGGACUAG